AACGACUUUGCUCUGGAAGUCGAUGAUGGCGAGUUACGCACUGAGUUCACCGACUGUCGAUCAAGUAAAAGCUCGUUUGGAAAAGUACGACAUCCGGGCCUCCCAAACCUUCGGAACGACACCCUACAUGUGCUACUGACGUUUCGUUCAGUCAUAUUACGUCAUCACGCCUCGACUGUAGCCUUUCCGGGCGGGAGAAAACACGAAGACGAUGUGGAUGACGUUGCAACAGCGAUGCGAGAAGCUGAGGAAGAAAUAGGACUUCCCCCAUCACAAGUAGAGGUGGUCAGCUGCUUGGGCCCAACCUUCUUCCAACCAAAUUAUUCCGCAUUCCCAGUAGUUGGUUUUAUACCAGAUGGUUUCAAGCCGGUUCCAGAUGAAGUUGAGUUUGUGUCCUCCGUUCCUUUAGCGAGGUUUCUACAGGAAGACUUCGCGACCACUGAAACGACUUUGUUAGGCCUAAAAUUGCUGGUUUACCAUUUCCCGUGCGAGACUGAGAGGGGAGGUUUCUGUAUGGGGGGUAACAGCAUGGAUAUGUGUAUUGCUGGCUGCGAUAGUUUAUCAAGAAACAAUCAGUGUCUCAGUGUUCAGCAACAGCGGAUCGACCGGGCCAUGGUGAAGGAUCUAGAAGAUUCCUUCUUAUACAUGUGUGAAAACACAAAGUCUCAACCCAAACUUUGAUUUUUAGGAAGUGAAAUGACUUGGGAUCCAAGAAUAUUACGUCCCCUGAUGAUCGUGAUCAAGGGUUGCACAAAUUUGUUGUGUCCCUUAGCUGUGUCAGGAUCUACUGAUCGUUGGAAUGUAAUUAUCGUUUGUGAUUAAUUGUCUGUCAGGUAGUUUGUCCAUAUUCUUGGGUAUCUCGAGAGUGGCAAACGUAUACAAUCUGAUUUAAAUGAAAUACUAGGACUGUAUCAAUUAAAGCUUGUUGCAAAUUGACUACGUAAGGUUUUGGGUGAACGUAUCAUUCCAUGGAUAAUGAACUCUCACUUGAUUAUAUUUAUAACGUUUCUAUACUUUGAUUGUAGAGCCUUGUUUCUACAUUUCUCUCUAUAUAUGCGAAUAUUGACACAUAUUUUUUGUCACUGAAAAUACAUAUGUACGUGUGUGUA